CCAAGAUGCGGUGCAUUAUUUCGCACCACCCUGCUAGGAGCCAGGAGUCACGGGCAGGCUCUCUCUGUUGACUGGCACUAUCUGGUAAAUUCUGGAUGUAAUUCCAGGGAAAUUGAUCUUUGUAAGAACAGUCCAUGAACAGAGAGCAUGAAACCCGUUUUCUGGGUGAUUUUCCCAUCACCCUGCUUGCCUCGCAAGCUUUAUAAAAAGCGUGGAUUUUUCACAUGAGCCCAGGUGCCCAGGAAAUCUCCUGUCACUCUGAGAUGGGCUGGGACACGGUGCCAUGUCCGAAGCUUCUAAAUACAGUUCAGGCUGGGUCAUCAUGACAGAUGCUGAACUGGCACUGUUACAGGGGUUGAAGUGGGAACUGUGACAGUGCUUAAAUGCCACAGCCCCUGGCCCCGAAGUCUUCCUGAGCCGGGACAGGGAGAGGCCGUGCGCAGCCCUAUGGGAGGAGGGAAGGAGCAACUUUGGCAAGGAAAUCCUGCAGCUUCGGCAACACUGCCGCGGCUUGGGGAGGCAGCCGACACCCGACCACACUUCAGCUAUUUUAGAAGUGGUCAGUUUCUGAAUUGCUGACACACUUGGAGGACACUGUCUCUUCAGUGGUCAUUCUGACCCUUCAAGGUAGGUAGGCCUGGGAAAAAGAGAGUCACGUUAUGGCCACGGUGUUGGCGGAAGGACGGGUGGAAGUACGUGAGCUGAUCAAGAUGACUCAAGGAGUCAGGUGCGGAGAUUCUGAGCAGAGCACUGGUUCAGACUCGGAGGUGCUCACUGAGCGGACCUCCUGCCCCUUUGACACUCACGCUGACCUGGGCCCUGGGGCUGCGGGCCCUGUGCCUGCUGCCAUGUCUUCCAUGGAGGAGAUUCAGGUGGAGCUGCAGUGUGCUGACCUCUGGAAGAGGUUCCAUGACAUUGGAACUGAGAUGAUCAUCACCAAAGCAGGCAGGAGGAUGUUUCCUGCCAUGAGAGUGAAAAUCACAGGUCUGGAUCCCCACCAGCAGUACUACAUAGCAAUGGAUAUUGUGCCUGUGGACAAUAAAAGAUACAGAUACGUGUAUCACAGCUCCAAGUGGAUGGUGGCUGGCAAUGCCGAUUCCCCCGUGCCUCCGAGAGUUUAUAUACACCCGGAUUCUCUCGCUUCUGGAGACACUUGGAUGAGACAGGUGGUCAGUUUCGACAAACUCAAGCUGACCAACAAUGAACUGGAUGAUCAAGGACAUAUCAUUCUGCACUCCAUGCACAAAUACCAGCCUCGAGUUCAUGUGAUUCGCAAGGAUUUCAGCAGCGACCUUUCACCCACCAAACCUGUCCCUGUUGGGGAUGGAGUGAAAACGUUCAACUUUCCCGAGACCGUGUUCACCACAGUCACGGCCUAUCAGAACCAGCAGAUCACCAGAUUAAAAAUUGACCGGAACCCUUUCGCUAAAGGAUUCAGAGAUUCUGGAAGAAACAGAACCGGACUGGAAGCCAUCAUGGAGACCUACGCGUUCUGGAGACCCCCUGUGCGCACACUCACCUUUGAGGACUUCACCACCAUGCAAAAGCAGCAAGGGGGCAGCACAGGCACCUCCCCGACCACCUCCAGCACUGGCACACCAUCCCCUUCAGCUUCUUCUCAUCUUUUAUCUCCAUCCUGUUCUCCUCCAACCUUUCAUCUGGCCCCCAACACUUUCAACGUGGGCUGUCGAGAGAGCCAGCUGUGUAACCUGAACCUCUCUGAUUACCCACCCUGUGCCCGAAGCAACAUGGCUGCCUUGCAGAGCUACCCAGGGCUGAGUGACAGUGGCUACAACAGGCUCCAGAGUGGUGCUGCUGCAGCCACUCAGCCCUCUGAAACCUUCAUGCCUCAGAGGACUCCAUCCCUGAUCUCAGGAAUACCAACUCCGCCCUCGUUGCCUAGCAACAGCAAAAUGGAAGCCUACGGGGGCCAGCUGGGGUCCUUCCCCACUUCCCAGUUUCAGUAUGUCAUGCAGGCAGGCAAUGCAGCCUCCACCUCCUCAUCACCACACAUGUUCGGGGGCAGCCACAUGCAGCAGAGCUCCUACAAUGCCUUCUCUCUCCACAACCCUUACAAUCUGUACGGAUACAAUUUCCCCACCUCCCCUAGGCUAGCUGCAAGCCCAGAGAAACUGAGCGCCUCUCAAAGCACUUUACUCUGUUCUUCGCCUUCCAAUGGGGCCUUCGGAGAGCGGCAGUACCUGCCCACGGGGAUGGAGCACAGCAUGCACAUGAUUAGCCCUUCACCCAAUAACCAGCAGGCGACUAACACCUGUGAUGGCCGGCAGUAUGGGGCGGUCCCAGGCUCCUCCUCCCAGAUGUCCGUACACAUGGUUUAAUGGCCAGUCCAGACACCACGGAGCCUACAGCAGCCAAGGCCCCAGAGUCUCCAUGGGCAGAUCCUCCUCUUUGGGAGCCCAAUGGCUUUGAAACACAGGAACUGCAUUUUUUGUUGUUGUUGUUGUUGUUGUUUUCUGGAGGAGAAAAGCAUAUACCCAAGAACAACAAGAGACAUUUAAGCCACUGAAAUAUACUUGCGGUGGAAUCAUCUCCGACUCAGUGGCCAUUCUCCUGCCUUCCCAAAGCUUAGUUUUAUAAAGCAUUGUCUACUCCAGAGUGGCCUUUGAAGAAACUGAAUAAUCAUUUUAUAAUAAUGUUAAGGGAGAUGCUAGUAUUUAGCAGCCAUGAAAAGUUAGCCACACAUACAUACAGACCUACAUGCAUGCAUGCAUGCAUGCAUACACACAUGUUCACACACACUCAUACACACACAUACAUGCACACUGACUCAGAACUGGGGGAACUCUGUGGAGGGAGGCCCGGCAUAGGGGCCUUCAUGGAGAACGUCUGUGUACAACUCUAGAUGGACCGGGCCAGCAGUAGCUGCCCGCUUUUCUCCCCUGCAGCUUACCCUGUUUCUGGAAUGAACCAUGUAUCUUGAACCGCUUCCCAUCGGUGAGGGUGGAAAGACAUCGGCACUACAGCUGGACUUGGCUUCUUGAAGAAGAUUGCAUUUAAACUUUGGCUGUCCUCACUCAGCACGCGGGCACUGGUGUUCCAGUGGUCCCACGGAAAGGUGGGGACAGAGAGCGAGAAAGAGGAAGAAUCGAAGGCGAGAGAGGUGGAGAGCAAGACUGACAGAGGCAGUGUGAGCCGCGUUGAGAGAUUUAAUUCACCAAGAAAGUUUGGUUUGGGUUUGUUUUUCCCCAUCCCCCUACAGGUUAUUGACAGAGUCAUGGCGUCAUUGAGGAGUAAAGGUCUCUGGGACACUGUGCACAGUCAAGGGCAAUGGUGAGCGGGACCGGGCAAGGAACAUGUCUUGAUCCCACAGCUCUGACCCUUGUGAUCCAGGAGAGGGUGCACCACAUGGGAAGUGCCGAUUCCAGAGCAUGCAGCCUGGCAGGGAAGGGACAUUGCUGGCGGGGUGGGGUGUGAAGACAGAGGAGUGAUAGAACCCCGGCAGAUGAAGCCAAGCGCAGAGGCGAUGAAUAGAGGACUGGGCUUCUGCACGUCAGAUCCAGACACCUGGCCUGGAUCAGCUGCCCCAAUGUCCCCGUGGCAGGAGAAAUCCUGUCGUGUUCCAGGGAAUUGCAGAUGGGCUUUCUACAUCCUUCCACCUGCCCUUAGAUCUCCAUUUUUAUCAACUAGUUCAUUGCAUUUUGAUGUUUGGGUUUUUGCCUUCAUCUCUCCCUUCCCCUUCAAAUCCUUUAAUGAUAAGAAAAACAAGUGGCGUUUGGUGCAAGCUAAACUUUUUAAAUGGUGUGGAAAUGCAAAUAAUACCAAGUAAAAUAAUACAGAUAUUAUUAAGAUUUUUGGUUUUGAGGUGUUGUAGAUAAGUGUAUUUAUGUGCCUAGUGGGGAAUUCAAUAUUAUGAAUAUUAAAAAAGGGGGCAAUAAAAAGGGUAUGUAAAAUAUGUAUGAAGAAAAGGUGUAUAAAAGUUUGCCCUUAUGCACGGAACUCUGUUUCUAAGUGCCAAGCACAGAAAGCCGCUAAAUAAAAUCUUUGCCAUUGUUUCCUGCGUGUUUGUUUAUUUGGAUAAAGUGAACAGCAGCCUGUGCACGCACACGGUGCUUUACGAUGAGCACAGUGCUCUCAUUUCCACUACUUCACAUGAUCUUUAUUCAGACUCCAUGAAGGAUAUAUUACUGUCCUUAUUUUAUGAGUAAUAACUGAGCUCCAGAGAGAUCGAGCAAACUAUCCGGAACCAGACAGCCCAUCAGAGAGGGAGGUAGAA